UCUAGGCGUUCCCUGUGUAGCGUGGACAGCAUACCCUCUUGUCGGCUGAUAAUUCUCGUUGACACUUCGUCGGAGAAAAUGGCGGCUGGAGUGAGACAGGAGCUUGCACAACUUAUGAAUUCAAGCGGAUCUCACAAAGAUCUCGCUGGAAAAUAUCGACAGAUUCUGGAGAAGGCCAUCCAAUUCACAGAUGCAGAACAAUUGGAAUCAUUAAAAGCAUUUGUCGAAGCAAUGGUCAAUGAGAAUGUCAGCUUAGUGAUCUCUAGACAGCUGCUGACAGACUUCUGCACAAACAUACCCAGUCUUCCUGACAGCACAGCCAAGUCAGUUUACCACUUCACACUAGAGAAGAUACAGCCCAGGGUCAUCUCAUUUGAAGAACAGGUGGCCUCCAUCAGACAACACUUAUCCACCAUCUAUGAGAAGGAGGAGGACUGGAGAAACGCUGCUCAGGUUCUAGUGGGCAUUCCUCUGGAGACAGGACAGAAGCAGUACAACGUAGACUAUAAGUUGGACACGUACCUGAAGAUCGCCCGUCUGUACCUGGAGGAUGAUGACCCUGUUCAGGCCGAGGCCUACAUCAACAGAGCCUCUCUGCUCCAGAACGAGUCCACCAACGAACAGCUACAGGUCCACUACAAAGUGUGCUACGCCAGAGUGUUGGACUACAGGAGGAAGUUUAUCGAGGCUGCACAGCGGUACAACGAGCUCUCUUACAAGUCCAUCGUCCACGAGACAGAGCGUCUAGAGGCCCUGAAGCACGCUCUUCAUUGCACCAUCCUGGCAUCAGCAGGCCAGCAGCGCUCCCGUAUGUUAGCCACCCUGUUUAAAGACGAGCGCUGUCAGCAGCUGGCGGCCUACGGCAUCCUAGAGAAGAUGUACCUGGACCGCAUAAUCAGGGGGAACCAGCUGCAGGAGUUUGCUGCCAUGCUUAUGCCCCACCAGAAAGCCACCACUGGGGAUGGCUCCAGCAUAUUGGACAGAGCUGUUAUUGAACACAACCUGCUGUCUGCUAGCAAACUUUACAACAACAUCACGUUUGAAGAGCUAGGGGCGCUUCUGGAGAUCCCUCCCGCUAAGGACGAUUAUCUCCAUGGUGAGGUCCCUGGUUACAGAUGCAGUCUGGCUGAGAAGAUCGCCUCCCAGAUGAUAACAGAGGGACGCAUGAACGGCUUUAUUGACCAGAUAGAUGGAAUCGUCCACUUUGAGACACGGGAGCCCCUGCCCACCUGGGACAAGCAGAUCCAGUCUCUAUGUUUUCAGGUGAACAACCUGCUGGAAAAGAUCACUGCUGCUGCUCCUGAGUGGACAGCCCAGGCCAUGGAGGCUCAGAUGACCCAGUAGACUGACUGACAACCCCUGGCCUGGAACACUCCACAUGACCACCCACACCAGGCACACCCCCUGGCCUAGAACACUCCACAUGACCACCCAUACCAGGCACACCCCCUGGCCUGGGAAAUCUCACAUGACCACCCACACCAGGCACACCCACUGGCCUGGGACAUCUCACAUGACCACCCACACCAGGCACACCCACUGGCCUGGGACAUCUCACAUGACCACCCACACCAGGCACACCCCUGGCCUGGGACAUCUCACAUGAUCACCCACACCAGGCACACCCCUGGCCUGGGACAUCUCACAUGACCACCCACACCAGGCACACCCACUGGCCUGGGACAUCUCACAUGAUCACCCACACCAGGCACACCCCUGGCCUGGGACAUCUCACAUGAUCACCCACACCAGGCACACCCCCUGGCCUGGGACAUCUCACAUGAUCACCCACACCAGGCACACCCACUGGCCUGGGACAUCUCACAUGACCAGGCACACCCCCUGGCCUGGGACAUCUCACAUGACCAUCCACACCAGGGACACCCCCUGGUCUGGGACAUCUCACAUGACCACCCACACCAGGCACACCCCCUGGCCUGGGACAUCUCACAUGACCACCCACACCAGGCACACCCCCUGGCCUGGGACAUCACCCCACACACCAGGGCACACCUGGCCUGGAAUACCCCACACACCAGGGCACAUCUCACAUGGCACUCUACUCCCUAUUCACUAUGGAGGGUGCGAUUUUGGCUGGGUGGCUGGGCUAAGUGCAAAGUUUUGUAAGAUCGUACUGUACUGAAGACUGCAAACACGAAAUUGUUCAGUUGAAACCAGCUGAAGCCAAAUUCUGUUGUAUUUUGGCAUGGGUUAAUAGAGCUUAGCCGAGUGCCCGUCCUUAGUAGUGGUAGGGGAAACACUGGCCACUCCUCCCCACAUUCUCUCUCUCUCUCACUGUCUCACCCAUUUAAGUGUGAGACAUGUUCCAAUCUGGUACUUCUCUAGCAUGUUUCUCAGAAGAAGGCUGCUGUAUAUUAUGCUUGGAGUUUACCAUUCAUCUUUCUAGGACUAAUAAAUGGAUACUUGAAUCCAUAGGCUCAUCAAGUUACCAGUGGUUGCAAUCUCAUAUAUACUUUGAUUUCAUGUAAUACAAACCAGAGAACGCAAACACUGAUGUCCCACGACGAAGGUGUUAGUGAUUCUAUUUGAAAUGUGAAAGACACACAGGCCAUGCCUACCGCCACUUAAUUUGUUGCUGUAUUCUUGUACAAUGAUUUUGUUACAUUCUGUUUGGAAACAUUUUGUCAGACCUGGAGUGCAACUUCAACAAAGAGAUGAAUAAAUCAAAAAAUAAGUCAGUG